CUCAUGCCCUCACCCGUUCCCGCACAUCAAUAUCUUCAAUCAUGUCUAUAUGAAACAAAUUGACUUUAAUUAAGCAUUAUGCAAAGCGCCAGCCUCUCAGAGCGCUAAUCCGCAGAGUUUGCCUCAAUUGCUGGCCCUGCGCUUAGAUUAGUCGAGCAGCGACACUCAGCCGGUUCACUUGCAACAUGAAGAGCGACGAGAUCAUCGAGAAGAUACGCAGCAAGCUGAAGGAAUCGGAUCCUGCCCGGCGCACCGUGGUCAACACGUUUCAGUUCAACUUCACCGACGCGGACGGCAACCUCAUCAAGAGCAUGGUUUUUGAUUUCAAAGCCCUGGACAUCUACGAGGGUAGUGCGCCCGGUGCCGAUGCACAAGUCACCAUUUCGGAUGAGGAUUUCUAUUUGGUGGGCACUAAGCAGAAGACUUUCCAGGAGAUUCUGGAGCAGGAAAAGGCCAAGAUCGAUGGCGAUGAGGAAGCUAUUAACAAAAUGCUUGAGAAGUUCCGUAUAAAUUCUAAGAAUUAAAUGAAAUGAGUUUUGUUUAGAUUAUGAUAUUAUGUAACGCUGCUUAUCUGCUUUCCCAACCUCCCAAUAAUGGCUACAUCAGCACAAAUAUAAAAAUAUAAAUUAUA